AUGUCGACUCCUAGGAAAAAUUACAAUUCUUACAAAUCACCCUAUUCUAAACCUGUCCAGCCAUAUGCCUCGCAGAACGACGAUUACAUUUCAUUGGAAAUGGGUGGAAGAUGCCAUGAAGGAAGAGAAGUAAACGGUGGUGUGAAUUACACGAAGAGAACUAAUCAAAGGCGUACACAUUGCUAUGGCGGACAUAAUGAGAAUUCCCAAUUUAAGAGUGGCAGCGGGCAAAAAUCUUGGUGUACAAGGAAAAAUGAAGGAGGCAACUCAGGCUCGUAUCGAAUAUCUAAUUUUAAACAAAGCCCUAAUUUAUCAGUUUCAUCAUACAUACAUCCGUCAAUGACGGAAGAUCCUUGGUCUGAUUUAAUGGCACGCAUAGAAUCGUUGGAGAAAAGUGUAAUUACGUUAAAAGUCCAAACCGACGAUGUAGAAACAGGUUUUAACGGAGGUGUAGAUAGUCAGACCGUUGAAAGCCUUCCAACGUAG